CAAUUGCACAAGUAGAAAACAACUUUGCAGUCAGAGCAGGUUGAGCAUGGCGUCUGUAUUCCACUCAUGAAAGUUUAGUAAACUUGCUCUUUCGAUUCGAGGAAGCAUGUAACAAAACUUUUGACUGUCUUUCGUGUACCCGAUAUUCAUUAGUGGGCUUUAUCGACACCGAAGACAUGGAAAUAUACUCUUGCGAGCAAGUUUGAAAGCGUGCUUAGGUUAAAUAGCUAGCUAGCUGGCCAGCUACCUAUGCAGCUGGCUAGGUAGUCAAGGUGCUAACCUGUUUCAUAUACGCAAACUGUAAGCCUGUUUAGUCGAAUAUAAGUAGAGAUUUUUAGUAAAAACUUAUUUUCAGUGGUUGACAUUGUCAUCGUUGGAUUCCGAUAGUUGCCUUUAGCUGCUUGGUUCAUUUGUUUGGACGCAAAACAUGGCCCAGUCACCGGUAGCCGUGCAAGUCCCUGGAAUGCAGAACAGCCGGAUCGACCCAGAGGAGCUGUUCACCAAGCUGGAGCGCAUCGGGAAGGGCUCCUUCGGGGAGGUGUUCAAGGGCAUCGACCACCGCACCCAGAACGUGGUGGCCAUCAAGACCAUCGACCUCGAGGAGGCCGAGGACGAGAUCGAGGACAUCCAGCAGGAGAUCACCGUGCUCAGCCAGUGCGACAGCCCGCACGUCACCAAGUACUACGGCUCGUACCUGAAGGGCAGUAAGCUAUGGAUCAUCAUGGAGUAUCUGGGUGGCGGAUCUGCACUUGACCUGCUGCGGGCAGGUCCCUUUGAUGAGCUCCAAAUAGCAACCAUGUUAAAGGAGGUUCUUAAAGGCUUGGACUACCUGCACUCAGAGAAGAAGAUCCACAGAGACAUCAAAGCGGCCAAUGUGCUGCUGUCGGAGUGUGGCGAGGUGAAGCUGGCUGAUUUUGGGGUUGCUGGCCAGCUGACGGACACUCAGAUCAAGAGGGAGACGUUUGUGGGCACCCCCUUCUGGAUGGCCCCUGAAGUUAUCCAGCAGUCUGCUUACGACUCCAAGGCUGAUAUCUGGUCUCUGGGCAUCACAGCCAUCGAGCUGGCCAAGGGCGAGCCCCCCAACUCAGACAUGCACCCCAUGCGAGUCCUCUUCCACAUCCCCAAAAACACCCCACCCAGCCUCAACGGUGAAUUCUCCAAGACCUUCAAGGAGUUUGUGGACUUGUGCCUGAACAAAGAUCCUGCUUUUAGACCCACUGCCAAGGAGCUCCUGAAGCACAAGUUCGUAGUGAAGAACGCCAAGAAGACAUCAUACCUCACAGAGCUGAUUGACCGGUUGAAGCGCUGGAAAGCAGAGGGACACAGCGACGGAGACUCCGACUCUGACUCUGACUCGGAGACCAACAAGGAGAACGACUCCUCCCAGCCAGAGUGGUCAUUCACCACCGUCCGCAAGAAGAAACCAGACAAGAAGGUGUCCAAUGGGACAGUGAGCUCCACAGUGAUGACCACCAUUUUAGCUGAGCUGAAGCUCCAGCACAGGCCCGGCAUGCUGGAGGAGCUGGAGAGGAGCCUGCAGACAGCGGAGGACCUGUGUCCAGGACUCACAGACCAUAUGGUCAACCACAUCCUGGAGAGAGUGAAGAGGUUCUCUGUGAGUUAAUGCAAUGUGCUGAUGGUUUUACUCCACACACACACACGCCACUUGGCGCACACACUCACUCACAAACACUCACACAUUUACUCUCCACAUGUGCGCAUGCACACAAGGUGAAGAGGCUGGAAGAAGAUGCUGCAGUGUCUCCCUCCUCAUAAUCCUGCACCCCAUCAUAUCAAAAUCCAUCUUUCUUCUGAGCCUACACAGGAAAGGACACGUCUCACCAGUUACUACCAAAAGGAAUUCAUCUUUCUUUCCCAAAGAUAUGCUUUUUUUUGGACAUGUAUUUAUGUUUUCACUUUUUUUUUUAAUUUCUUCUGGUUUUAAAUUGGCCUUCACCUGAUGCCCAAGAUCGUGGGAGUUAACGGUGAGCUUUUAAGACCAUUUUAAUUACAGAUAUGAAAAAAGAAAAAAAAAACUAGGGUGUAAUAAGAAUAGGGAAUUCUUUUCCAAGAUAUCAGCAUGUAUAAUGCUCUAAUAACUAUAACUUUUUUUUAUAUUGUAGUGUUACAAUAAUAUUUUUUUCCCCAGACAUCCUGUUUUUAUAGUUUAAGUGAAUUCAUGGGAUGCUUUUUCAGUACAACACACAUAACAGGAAAGGGUUUGCGUAGCAUCAGGAGCAUCCAGUAGCUUUUCAAAAUAGCUCAUCUUUCCUUUCCUCUGUCCUAAUAUCUAUUUAGGGCCACAGGUGUAUAUUUAUAUUGAGAGAGAUUGGUCAUUGUCUGUUUGACAGUAGCACCCCCUUUACACACUGUUACUUGUAGCAUUACACAACUGCUGUAUGAGAGACAUGCAUAUCGUGUCAGACAAUAUGGAUGACGUACCUCACACACACACACACACAUACACACACUCUCGCACACAAAGGCAAGCAAUCAAAUACUGAGAGGAGGCAAAAUAACCAUUGAAUUUUCAUUAUUUUUUAUUUUCAGUUUUCCUUUAUAUUGUCACAGGAUUGAGUUUAUCAUUGGUGAUACAUGUGUCUUAGUCAGUACAAAAGGGUGAAAUUUUGCUGUGCAAAAAGGUGUUUAGGUUAAUUCAUGUCUGAAUAGAAAAUGAUAAAAUGUAUUCAUCUUAACUGUCAUUAGCUGGGUUUCCAUUUGGAUCUUUUAUGUCUAUUCAUAAAAGUUUGGCUAAACAAAAUGCGAAUCAGCUGCGUUUAGCGAAUUAGAAAUGGACACACUCCUAAUCAAGGGAGGAGUUUUAAACAGCUUUGGGAUCAAAACGUAAGGUUGUCUUUAACGGAAACCUCUGAUAAAAUUGCAACAAAUGCGAAUUUAAUAGAAUAAACCAGUUUUCAUCAAGUUUAAUCACAUUAUACCAUAUGCAAGUUAUUCUAUCCCCCUCUCAAACGAAAUGUAUAUUUGCAUUAGAAGAGUUUAUGCGAAUUUCAAGCGUUUCCAGUCAGGAUUUCUUAUUUCGAUGGUCUAAAUGUGCAUUAAAACCUUGAACGGAAACCCAGAUAUUCACAGGCCUUGAGCUAUCAUGUUGUAAUAGAGCACGUUUGUCACUGAAUGCCAUGGUAAAUAGGAAAUAAUGAACUGAAAUGUAGAACAUAAUCACAGGUUUGGUUACUGGUCAACCCAAAACUAAUUGCAGUCCAUUGAGAGAAAGUUGCAGGUGACAACUUUGAAUAUUUAUGUUUAGUAUUUAAUAGUAAAGGUAGCCUCACAUCCUUCUACAGUCAACAAAUCAGUCUGAAACACAUAAGUUGGAAGUAGGAGACUAGUGUACAUUUUUGUUUUAUUUGUUAUUUUAAAUGAUAAUUGCAGAGAUGCAUUGAUGGAACUCAGUGAUGACUAUUUUGCCUCCUCCUCCUCUCACUUCAUCGUCCCCCCUCUCUUAAGUGUCUUCUGUUGGGAGUCAUGGGAGAUAUACUGUACUUCUGAAGGAAAUAUGCACUGCGUACACUUUUUUCGCGGGUGGGGUUAUUUUAUACUUUGAUAAAAAAAAAUCAAAUUCCAGACAUUCCCCCGCUCUUCAAGUAGUUCUCGGGAGGGAGGGGGGGUGUCCUUUGUCUGGCCAGUCGUGCGACGUUGUACAAGACACUGCAGUAAAGGAACCAAAAGGAGAUUGGACACGCUUAAGAAAAAGUGCAUAUAAUGCUCUAGUUUGGGGUUUAUAGUUUGGUACACAGGUUGUAGUCGUAUAGUUCUAGUGUGGAUGUGUUGGGGCAGUGUUUUAUUUUUUAUUUUAUUAAUAUAAAAAAAAAAGAAAAAACAUCAGAAUCACAUUGAAGUCUUUCGAGAAGGGACUGUUCCGCCAAGCUCAAAAACUAAAGGGUGCCAUCUGUAGUUGGGUGGUUAUGGUGAUGACAAACUUGUUGGCAAGGAGAAAAUCAUGCCAACAUUAACACCCCAUAGUGCCUAAAUAUUUAUCGUUCUACUCAAUAUAUUUGUGAUGGUCAUUGUAUCUUCAAAAUGCUUUAACAGGCAUCCGUAAUGUUGCCAGAUUGGCUGGAGUUUUUGAGCAAUCCAAUGUUUGGUAUAAUAUUUUUAUAUUUCUUAAGUACAACUCAUUGAUGCUGAAGUUUUGUACAUUUUCUUUAUCAGAGCUUUUAUAUAGUAAAUAUUAAAUGAAAUUGCUGCACAAGGAUCUGGCAAAGCUGUAUCAAUAGGCUUUUUUUUGUUUGGUUGUUUUUGCUUCAACUGUUACAAAGAGCUUUUUAGUUUGGUUUGAGAAUAAAAAUGUAAAUUAUGAA